CCCCAAAGUUCAGUCUCUUUUUGUGUUGAAUGUUGAUGCCUUGUGUUUGAAUAUAUUGCAGGUGUUGAAAAAGCUUGUUGGUCGAAGAAUCCUCUACCAUUUUUACUCCAUGCAAGUUUAUGGUUAUGUAUCAUCACAUAAAAGUGGCAGUCAUAGCUCAUUAACUCUUGUCCAUGGGUACCAUUAUAGCUUUUCAUUAAGACACUGGCUUCAGCAACCCAACUGGCUUCCAACUUUAGAAGCAACUCUUGCAUUGGAUGAAGAGUCUGUCAGGAGGGUAGGAGAUGACUCAGUUGGGGGACCAUCAUUUUCUCGUCAGUUGAGGCUUAUUAAAAUAUUGAUGAGAGACCUCACUGUCGAUUAGGUUACACCAUCAAUUUGUGAGAUCUUUUCUUGUGGAUAAAAUUGGUA